AUGUUCCCGUGCGGCCCCAACAGUUAUUGCAGCUCCAACAUCUCGCCGCCGUGCACAUGCUUGCGUGGGUUUCAUCCGAGGAAUCAACAUAACUGGGACAUGCUGGUCGGAGAAGCCGGCUGCAUGAGGACGAAGCCUUUGGACUGUCUAAAUAAUACCGAUGAAUUCUUCAGACUGAGUGUCACGAAGUUGCCCGACGCGUCCAGAUCGACAGUACUCAAUGCAAACUGGAACUUUGAGGAGUGCAGGUUUUUUUGCUUGAGCAACUGCGCAUGCAGAGCAUAUGCCGCAUCGAUCAUAAGUGGGAAUGGGAGUGGCAGUGGCAGUGGCUGCUUAAUAUGGACAGAGGAUCUCACUGAUAUCACCGUGAAUGGCACAUCACCAUCUGAAGCCCGUCAUGCUAAUCGUAAUAUCUUAAUGUUUGUGAUUCUUCCACCGGCAAUUCUUUUCCUUGCUUGUGUUGCUUACUCGAUUUGGAGGAGGAAGAAGACAAGUUCUCAUAUUGACUAUGAAGCAGAAGAAAAGGACAUGGAAUUGCCAUUGUUUGACUUGACUACAAUUAAAGACGCAACCGAUGACUUCUCAGCAGACAACAAGCUUGGUCAAGGAGGCUUUGGCCCUGUAUACAAGGGUAAAUUGGGAGACGAUCAAGAGAUAGCAGUGAAAAGAUUAUCUAAGACAUCGUCACAAGGAGUGGAUGAAUUCAAAAAUGAGAUCACAUUGAUCGCGAAGCUGCAACAUCGAAAUCUUGUUAAGCUUCUUGGCUGUUGCAUCCAAGGAGGGGAAAGACUCUUGAUCUAUGAAUACAUGUCCAAUGGAAGCUUGGACAACUUUCUGUUUGAUGAAGUUCAAACUGUAUUACUGGAUUGGAGAGCAAGGUACAACAUCAUUCUCGGUGUCGCUCGAGGUCUACUUUAUCUUCACCAUGAUUCAAGGUUAAGGAUUAUUCAUAGGGAUCUUAAAGCUAGUAACAUUCUUCUUGACAAAAAUAUGAAUCCCAAAAUAUCAGAUUUUGGCAUGGCUAGGAUAUUUGGAGGAGAUGAAUCCGUAUCAAUUACCAAAAGAGUCGUCGGAACCUAG